AUGUGCAAAGCUGGCUUUGCUGGAGAUGAUGCUCCACGUGCAGUGUUUCCCUCAAUUGUAGGACGCCCCAGGCAUCAGGGCGUGAUGGUGGGCAUGGGUCAGAAGGACUCUUAUGUGGGAGACGAGGCCCAGAGCAAGAGGGGUAUCCUGACCCUCAAAUACCCCAUUGAGCACGGUAUUGUCACAAACUGGGAUGACAUGGAGAAGAUCUGGCACCACACAUUCUACAACGAGUUGCGUGUAGCCCCAGAGGAGCACCCUGUUCUGCUGACUGAGGCCCCACUCAACCCUAAGGCCAACAGGGAGAAGAUGACCCAGAUCAUGUUUGAGACCUUCAACACUCCAGCCAUGUAUGUAGCCAUCCAGGCUGUGCUGUCUCUGUACGCCUCUGGACGUACCACUGGUAUAGUCAUGGACUCUGGGGAUGGAGUCACUCACACUGUGCCCAUCUAUGAGGGCUACGCUCUGCCCCACGCCAUCCUCAGGCUGGACCUGGCUGGCAGGGACCUCACAGACUACCUCAUGAAAAUCCUGACUGAGAGGGGCUACAGCUUCACUACCACAGCUGAGCGUGAGAUCGUGCGUGACAUUAAGGAGAAGCUGUGCUACGUGGCUCUGGACUUCGAGCAGGAGAUGGGCACCGCAGCCUCCUCCUCUAGCCUUGAGAAGAGCUACGAGCUGCCCGACGGACAAGUCAUCACUAUCGGCAAUGAGAGGUUCCGAUGCCCCGAGGCCCUCUUCCAGCCCUCCUUCCUUGGUAUGGAAUCCUGCGGCAUCCACGAGACCACCUUCAACAGCAUCAUGAAGUGCGACGUGGACAUUCGUAAAGACCUGUACGCCAACACUGUGCUGUCUGGAGGCACCACUAUGUACCCAGGCAUUGCUGACCGCAUGCAGAAGGAGAUCACUUCCCUGGCCCCCUCCACAAUGAAAAUUAAGAUCAUUGCUCCCCCAGAGAGGAAAUACUCUGUCUGGAUUGGUGGCUCCAUCCUGGCCUCCUUGUCAACCUUCCAGCAGAUGUGGAUCUCCAAGCAAGAAUUUAAAAGAAGCCACGCAUUAAUGUGCACGACAGUGGACAGUGUAGAGGUCAUCGUUCUGAGCGAUGAAGAGGAGCCAGAGGAAGGGGAGGCGUCUGUGCUGCUCGUCGAGGUUGAACCGGUCAACAAGAAUGACCGUAUAUUAUCCAGCAGUGCGUUGGAAGAAGACUUGGUGGUGACUUUCUCUCGCAGUGCAGACGUGCUGCCUCACGCUCGCUAUGACUGUCCCAUCCAGCCCUUUGUGCCGUCUGAGUGUGAGAUCAGCGCCCCAGUGCACGCAAACCAACUCUUCUGUGAACAAUGCUUCUGUUACAUCUGUGACCAGCUCGCCUCCCAGUGUAAGGUGUGGAGCUCUAGCGGGAUGUGUCACUGCAACAGCCACAAGAGGAGCACGUUCUGGAACAACCAGAGGAAUAGCCGUCUGCUCGGAGGUCUGCAGGCCUUCAACCUGAGCCUGUGUGAGAUCGACUCCCACCUCAGACAAGCAGAGUUGUUGCUGCAGAAGUUUAAAUCAGAGUUGUUGUUAAAAUUCUCAGCCUAUUUGUUUGGGAAACCAGGAGUGGAAUAUAACCUCAAAAUACUGGACCCGGUCCAUGAUUACUCUCCUGUGUACGAGUGUGUGAGCUCCUUCCUGGACCUGGCAGAGAGACAGGACAGCAGAGCGGGCGCCAUCAUGCAGCUGGGGGCCCUGGAGACCUUUGUGAGGCACUGCCCUCUCUCCAGAUGUGUUCCACUGCCCACACCUAUGUCUAAUGCUGCAGAAGCAAUAACUGUGUUAGCAAACAGGGUGAUCUCGUGGCUGCAGAGACAAAUGGUGAUGGGAGAGUUCACCAAUGACUUUAUCGACAAACUGCAGUUUUUCUACUUGAGGGUGCCCUUGCCCACGGAGCAGAGGAGCCUGAGGAACAGUCUGUGUGUGAGGCCCUGGGAUGACCUGCUGCUGGGCACCGUGCUCAGAGGCCAGAACGUGACGGGAUACAGGAACUUCAAAGGCAAACGGGACGUCCUGGUCGAACCGAUCUUUGUGGUACAGCUGAGGGUGGAGCGGCUGCAGCAGCAGGGCAGGUACAGAGAGCUGUGUCGCUACCUCCGAGUGGUCCAGAGCGAUGAACCCAAGAUCUUAGACCAGGUGCUGGACUUGAUGCCAAUCUUCCUGUGUGCGGAUGGACAGCUGGUCUCUUCCCUUCAGAACCUGCUGACGUAUCCGAGGGCCUGUCUGACGCCCCCCCUGUUCAUGGCUUACAUGCACAUGUUUCAGACUGCCACUGCUCCGGUCAAUAUCCUACGCACACCCGCCGACCUGUGCUCCCGGAGUACAGCCUGGAAGCCCAUCCAAGGUGCGGUGCGUCUCCAGAGUCUGGACUUGGUGAAGUUUGCUCUCAAAGCUCAGGCCACCUCCUCCGACAUCCUCAAUGAGAGCCUGUGCUGGGUCAGUGUCCUCUCGGUGGUCACUUCUGCUCCUGGGUUCACAGCUGGUUUCCCGGAGCCUUCUGCACAAUACCUCCGCGACGCCAAAGAACUGGUCCAGUCCUUAGUGGCUCUGAGCAAGACCUCCCGCAACUUCCACAUCCCUCGUCACUUCCAGACGGUGUACCCGCACCAGGCGCUGCUGCUGCUGGUCACAGAGGCCUUGUCACAGAGGAUCCUCCUCGGCCCUCUCCGCCCUCUUCUCCCUGUGCUACUAACCUAUCAGAACAACACGUGGGCGCUGCAGUGGCUCUGGAACAGCCUGUCGUCCUCGGUGCGCCUGGACUCCAUCAUGGUAGAGCUGACCCAGGAGAUGGAGCAGAGCACAGAUAAGACUUUGGGAUUUCUCUACACGCUCGUACCUGCCUCCAAGCACAACAAUCUGCCAUCCUGCAAAUAA